GAUCCUCCCGUAUAUUGUAUAAAAGGUUCUUUAGGAACCGUGGUCUCCUAAUAGAAUAGAACCACUAAAUUAGGGUUUAAAUCACAGUUUUAAGUUUCAAUGAAGCCAACCAUGGCGAGUGAAGAGCUCCUCAAACCCUUCUACCAGAGAGCUACCGAAGCCGAGGAACGGCUAUCCAGACUAGAAGCUGUUCUAGCGGGCAAUAAAGAUGCUGGAAAUCAGGAACUUUCCCAGUUAAUAAGUGAAUUACAGGCAAAGUUAGAAGAUGCAAAUGCUGAGACACUUUCAGAGCGAGAAAAGGCUAAGAAGCUGGCCAUGGAAAAUGAAAAACUCAAAUAUCGCAUUGCCCAUCUUGUCCAAGCAGUUAAGGUGGCUGACCAGAAAUUAGAGUGCAUGAGAGGUGAUGUUUCCGAAGCAACAGCACAGACAUCAUCAAAAUUUGAGACCAUGAGAUUGUGAGUUUGGACCAUGAGAUUGUUCACAUGUUUCUUGUUGAAGUGGUCUGAUUAUACCUGUACAAUGCAAGGCAUCUGUAAAACUUUCCUUUCGGAUUUCUAUAAUCAUUUGGAUUGAUUGGUACUUAGCAUGAACAAAAGGCCAUGAAUGAAAAUGCCCUUUACUUUGAAAUAAA